AUGUCAUUAGGAUUAAUUGGUGGAAUUUGGAUUCUUAUAUCAGCAAUUUAUGGGUGUUUGUUUGGUAAAGAUGUAAUAAGACCUUGGGGAAUAAUUCAAAAGUAUUUUUGUUGUUUGUCCAUUUCAACAAAACAUAAACUUUUAGAUUCAUUUAAUACUCUACCAUUAGUCACCCCCACUACCAAUUAUAAUGAUAAUCAAGACAAAAAUGAUUGUUUAAAAAAACAAAUUGAAAAUUUAGAAGAAAAAUUAACAGCAUUAGAAACUUUCUUGGGUGAAUAUGUUGUUGAUCCAAGUUAUUUAAAAAAUUUAAUAAAUCAAAAGCCUGCAUCAAAAGACCUUGGUGGUUCAAAAACCACUGAAGUUGGUGCGGUAAGUCCUGUUACAUCAGUAAACGAGUAUCAUCAACGUGCUUCAUCUAUUCUUACAACUACCACAAAUAUAACAUCGCCAACCAUGAUCAUAAACCCUAAUAUGAUGGCAACACCUAAAGUUCCAACAACUUCAAGAAAAUCUUUACCGCCAUCAUCUAUUAACAAUUCUAGCAAUAAUGAUAAUAAUUGGCAAAUUGAUUACUAA